UUAUUAUGAAUGCUAUCAGUUAUCGUCACUUGGACAAAAUUAUCAUUAUUUUAUCAGCUUUCAAUUAUUUUCAUGCCCGUUCCUUGGUGGUUUCUUGUAAAUUGUGUCCUGUAAUUUUUUAUCUACUUUAUUAACUUGUGUGCCUUAAGUUGACAGGAUGGCUGAUGAGAGGGAUACAUUGCGUGCACCUCGAUUGAAAGGUUCCCAAACUCCAAGAACACCAAAGAAGAUGCCAAGAAAGAUCUUGACAGUCAAAAAAACGCAUACAUCUACUUUCUCAGAAGACUGGAACGUAUCUAGUAGUUUGAUAGAAGGAACCAAUGGUGUUCAUAAAGAAGCUGAAAUGGAUUUGACUGGGACUCCGAGGUGUCGAGCGGACAGUUUCCAUGAUAAGGAUAGUCCGUGGCAAAACGGACAGUUCAAAUCGCCCAAAGAAAUCGUCAGAUACUACAGACAACAGUUUGGGGACUGGUGGAAUGUUCUGCCCAAGACUGAUUUCACCUAUGACGAAAGAUCGAAAUGGUACCGGAAGGAGAUUGCGCCAGGCAUUCCGGUCAUACCAAACCUGGCCCGUCCGCCGUUGCAUCCGGCCCAACACAAGUCUAGGUUCAGUUUGUUCUCGAGGUCUACAGAAAGCACGUUUGAAAGCUCGUCGACCAAUGGCAAGUCACAGUUGACUCGACCACCAAUCAUCCAAGAACCAAACAAAUCGUUUCUCACAAAAGUUGCCGAUUUCUUCAUCGACUUGUUGCUAGGAAUACUUUGCCUUCCUUACGAUCUGAUCUUUGGUAAUUACUGGAGCACAACUGCUCCAGUUACUGGGCGGAAUUCAAGCAAACAGUCGGCCUGGUGGUCUGCGCCCUUCCGUUGGACUUAUCAGUUGAUGAUGAUGCUGUUCUCUUGGGAGAUAAAGAUUCUGAUUUCUGUACGCCAAGCCUUCCACAAUUUCGGACUACGAACUGCUUUUAAGCUAUUCUUACUUUUAGUAAUAAUCGGCGGAAUGGUAUUUGCUUAUGGAUACUAUGGAGUUGAGUUGGAUAACAUUCAGAUGCCUUCGAUCAAUAUCUCUGACUUGCAAAACUUCACAAAUUGGGACUAUUCUGGGGCAAUCGAACUGCUCAAACCUUUGAACAUGUCGUGGGCUUACGACCAGUACGCUAACUACUCGAAUAUUGGUUGGAUUUAUCAAUAAUCACUUGUCUAUUUAAACCUCAAAUCACCUAGGUUUGUAAUUUGAAAGCCUUAAGCUGACAACAGUGUCAGUGAAUAGUAAAAAUAUGAUUCUCAUGGUUUCUUAUUGGACUAUUCACACUCAGCCCGGCCGAGUGAGUAUGCAUAAUACCAUUAGAACUUAUGGAAAUUAUAUUUUAUAUUUUAUUGCACACUGUUAUGUGCGAAUACAGCUUUAUUCAUACAAUAUAUAGAUGAAUACAGACAUACCCGUAAUAAUGUGACUGUAAACAAUGAUCUCUCAAUGAACAAGAUUUUGUAACAUUAUGAAAUGUAAACAUCACUGUGUAACAUUAUGUGCCAGUUGCUCUAAAGCCUGUUGAAUUUUAAUCGUGAUUAAAUUUUACAAGAGUCAAAUAGAGAAGCCUUUUUUCGAAAAAGCCUUGUCUGAUUGGUUUUCGUGGCAUUUAAUCAUUAUUAAUAUUAUUUUGUGCAACCGGGCUUAUGAAAUGUAAGCACACUUUGUAAAAUUACGAAUAAUGUAAGCAUCUGUACAAUAUUGUGCCUUAAAGCAGCCUCAAUCUGACGAAUACCUUUUUUCAGAUAUAAACUCAGCAUGGAUAUAAAUAAAAAUAUAAAUUUUGGUACCCUUUUUAAAUUAUUUCAUCAGUGAAAUUAUUUAGUUACUAAAUUAUUUAGUGACAAGUUAAUUUUAAAAGGUUACUCAGAUUUAUAGUUUUAUUUAUAUUCAAAAGUAGCCAUAAAGAAAAAAAGACACUCAGUAUAGAAUUGAAAGUAAUACUAUUGUAUUGUAAGUUAUGACUAGCCAUUCAAUGUCUGUGUUGGAAAAGUUUAUUAUACCUUGUAAUUUUGAAGUAAUGGGAUUUCUAUGCGGGUUUUAUGUGAAAAAAUGUAUGAAUAAUUUAUAUUACAUAAUUCAUCACUUGUGUAUUUGUUUGUUAACAUUAUACAGUAGGGGUAUUGACAAUGUUGUUUUAGCCAGCUAAAGUGCUAUUUGAUAACUCUGGAUUGUGAACGCCCCAUCUAAAACCAUCUGCUAUUAGCUAACUGCAGUAGCGAUCCAAGCGGAUAAUUUGUUUGACUCAAAGCUUAUUAUAACUCAAAAGUAAGAUUAUAAGCAUAUGGCUGCCGUUUUAACAGAGAUAGCUAGAGUUAGCGGAUUCAAAUCAGCGCUAUCUGCUAUCUCGUCUGUUAUUUUUUUUCUAACAUAGCAUUGAGUUGACACAGACUUAGCAAAUAGCUGGAGUUAGCGAAUAGCUCGACUUAGCCAGCUAACUCCAACAUUGCGAAUACCCCUUAUUAAUACAUGGAGUGAUAUUACUUGGUUGUCAUUAUUAUUAUUGGCCACAGUAGUCAAAACUCAAGAUUUGAAUAUGCCGUCAUAUAUAAUCAUCAUACAUCACCGUCAUAUUAAAUAUCAUUUCAUGUCGUAUAUCAUUGUAAAACUACAGACUACAGUAUGAAGCCGGGUCCAUACUGAACAAGUGUUCGACAAACAUGUUUGUUGAAACAGUUUGGGCAAAUUUUAUUAUGUUUGACAAACAAUGUUUGCCCGUGGUCAGUGUGGACGCGUCACCGAACAAAAUAUUUGUAAGUGGGGAGAAACAGUAGUAAUUUUCGUUUGACAAGCAAUGAUUGUCCAAGCUUUUUAAAAUGUUUGUCCCUGAGCCCCUCAAGAAACAUGUAUGUCGAACAUCCAGUGUGGACACGGCUUGACAUUGGUGCUACAAAAUCUUUUGAUACAAUCUUUUAUAGAUCACUGCUUAUUUAUAUUAUACUCAUCAUAGUUUACUCGUGUAUUUAUCGUUUGAAUCUAUUUUGUUAUGCUUGUUUGAAAGUAAUUAAUUUUGAUAUUAUUUAUGUUUUUAGUCCUUAGAUUAGUAUACCUUAAGUUCUAUCUAACCAAAGUAGUUUCUAGUUCAUUAGUUGCGUUUUUCUGUAACAUUACUAACCAAAAAUUGUUAAAAAAUCAAUUUUUUUGACUAAUGAAGUCUGUCUAAUGUUUAAUUUUUUUCAAAAUCCGGCUUGUAAGAAUUUGAAGCGUACAUAAAAUCAAUACAUAUUCUACAUCUACAUGUUUUACUUGAUUAAUUUAAUUGUCGUAGCAAGAGUUCGAAAUUUUAUUGUAACUAGUACCAUAGAGAAACAAUAGCGUAAGUAGAUAUCCCAUGGUAUAGGGAAUUUAUGUCGCAACUUUUACUGUUAUCUCAAGCCGAUUACUAUCGAUUAUUGUCAAUUUUUACUGUUUUGAUGGGGA